AUGGCUAUUUCUGUUCACAGCACUGUCAUGUCCAAGGGUUUUAUCGACAAACUUCGUAUUUUUGUCAGAGCUGGUAGUGGAGCUGCAGGUAGUCCACCAAUUAGAGGCCGAGGAGGAAAUGGUGGGAGUGUAUUUCUGGAAGCCGAUGAAAACCAAACACUCCAAAAUCUGUUUAUGAAUAACCCGACGAAACGUUUCGCGGCUGGACAUGGAACAGAGGCGAGUAAACGUCGUGGUUUAGUUGUUGGUCUAGAUGGUCAAGACUUGACUAUUCGUGUUCCUGCUGGAAUAACUGUAUUGUUUGGAGGUCAAGGGACAUCAUCAGCUAACGGGUCAGAACAACGAAUACUUGGAAAUUUGGAUAAAGUCGGUCAGAAGUUACUUGUAGCACAAGGUGGUCUGGGUGGUUUUCACCAAAAUGGGUAUAUUGGCUCACCGGGUCAGGCUCACAGUAUCGUCUUAGAUUUAAAGCUUAUGGCUGAUUACAGUUUGAUUGGAUUUCCUAAUGCUGGCAAAUCUAGUUUAUUAAAAGCUUUAUCUGGUGCACCUGCGAAAAUUGCGAAUUAUCCUUUUACUACAAUUAAACCACAAGUUGCCAAAUGUACAUAUUCAGAUCAUCGUGAGAUAAGCAUAGCAGAUUUACCAGGUCUUGCUGAUAUUUAUGCUCAUUAUAAUGCACAAAUAAAUCAAGAUAGCAAUGAUCAAUCUGAUUCAAAUACAUCUUUACCAAGUUUAAGACAUACGAGAUUUUUAAAACAUGUUGAACGUAGUUCAUGUAUACUUCUUGUAUUAGAUUCACUUGGAUUUUGUAAAGAUCAAUUAAGUCCUAAACGUAAUGCAUUAGCUGUUGUUUAUUUAAUUUUAAAUCAAAUGGAACGAUGGUCUAAUGGUUUAUUACUUGAAAAACCAAUGGCUUGUAUUUUGAAUAAAAUUGAUACUACCGGUGCAAUGGAUGAAGCUUUAGAAACAAAAUAUUGGCUUGAACGUAUGGAUUCAUCUGAAGCAAAACAAUAUUCACAACUUCCUCCAAAGUUGUUACCUAGUCUUACACCCAAAUUUGAAUCGAUCGAAUUGGUCUCUGCCUUGCGUCACACAAAUAUUCCAGAAUUGAAAGAGUCAUUGCGCAACUGGCUUGAUCAAAUUGAAUUAAGAAAACGGAAAGAUAGCACAGCCGUACAAAUAAAAUCACAACAAAUGAAGGAAAAAAGAUUGUUAAAUGAUAUCCAACCAACCUACUAUUAA